GCCAACGGUAAACGGCCGCUACAGCGCCUCCACUGCCCGGGCCUCGAACAUCCACGGACUCACUUUGCGAGCGGCGCCCGGGACCAGGCGCCCCGAGCCGGGCGGCGGUUUGCAAAUUUAGACCGGGGAUCCGAGAGCUGAUGUUCACAAGGAGAAGAAUCACGUGAUGUAUGAAGGCAAACACAUACACUUCUCAGAGGUCGAUAACAAGCCAUUGUGCUCCUACAGCCCCAAGCUCUGCAAACAGCGCCGACUCAACGGCUACGCAUUCUGCAUUCGCCACGUUCUGGAGGACAAAACUGCCCCUUUCAAGCAAUGUGAAUUUGUAGCCAAGUACAACAGCCAGCGGUGCACGAAUCCUAUCCCAAAAUCUGAAGACCGAAGAUACUGCAACAGCCACCUGCAAGUCCUUGGUUUGGUGCCCAAAAAGGAGAGGAAGAAAAAGAAUGAGCAGCUAGAGGAGGUGCGUCCCAGACUGCACCCUGAUGCUACCAUGGCAGUGAGCCUGGCAGUGCCCUCACUGGCCUUGAAGGCAGCAAAUGGUUUGGAUGGGCCCACACGAUCCCCGCAGCGACCCCGACUGACGCUCCAGUACCUGGGGCAUGAGCUCGACGAUCCAUUCGCUUUCCCUGAUGAUGAUGAUUACAUGCUGCGGAAAGGGACUGUCAAACGGAAGCUUCAGACCAAACUGGCUCAGAAUCGGCAGCAACAACGACUGCUGCGAGAGCCUGAGACAUUCAGACUGCAAUCAGAGCACUUUAUCCCACAUACUGCACCAUCACGGCUGCUGUACCCUGGCACUCCCGCUCUCUCGAGUCCCCCCCGACCCGCUGGACUUUCGCAGGGCCUGCUAUGCAAACCCCCUCCGCCUCCGCCCCCAACUCCCAGCUUGCCGCAAGCAGCAUCCCAUGGCAUCGUUACGACAACGCCAGCCUCGCACUCGCCAAAUGGAAAGGCCCACCGGUCUGCCUCACCACAGCAGACGCCAUCCCCAGCACAGCCAGCUGUGACCCUACCCCCACCUAUCACCGUGGCAACAGACUCUCCCCGUCCUGAUGUCAUUGUCCUCAAGGCAUCAAGAUCCACGCCAGUCUGCAGACAGCGGUCAGCCUGUAGGAACAGGUUACAGAGACUAGCAAAGCUCUGUGCUGAAAAACAGCUGUUGCACCGGGAUCUCUUCCCACAUCUAGGGCUAGACUGGUCUGAGGACAGCGAGGAGGAGGAAGAGGAAGAUGAACGGGUGCCUCCUUGCCAGUAUGCGUGGACGUUGCGGGACAAGUGGUCAGCUAUUCGUCCCGACCCGGAAGAUGAGGUGCCGAGCUCAAGGAGUUUGAGAAUGACGCGGCUGUGCACCUAUCUGCAGCACAGAUAUGUGCAACUCUGUCGAGUGGAGCGAGCAGCGGCCCGCCAGCAGCGGUGUCGGCAUGCCUUCCGGAGAGCGCUACUGCAAGCGGCCAGCAAGGAACCAGACUCAGCUGGGCAGCUGCUUUGGGAACUCCGAGCAGCAACCCCCACGCAGACCAGCACGAAGCAGCCGGAUCACAGAAUAGUGGAACCAGCACUGUGUACAGGAACCAUCAAGGGCCAACAUUGCCCUAACAUGUCUCUUCCAUACACCAGGCACUGUUUCCAGCAUAUCCUGUUGAGUCGCUCCCAGCAGCUGUUCUCAAGCUGCACAGCCAAGUUUGCAGAUGGGCAACAGUGCUCGGUACCAGUGUUUGACAUCACGCACCAGACGCCACUUUGUGAAGAACAUGCAAAGAAAAUGGAUAAUUUCUUGCGAGGGGAUAACAAUCGGAAAGUCCAGCAACAGCGGAAACCCAGGAAGAAAACCAAGCCUCCAGCACUUACCAAAAAACACAAGAAGAAGAGACGGAGAGGCCCACGGCGGCCUCAGAAACCCAUUCCUCCGGCAGUGCCCCAGGGCAACCUUUCAAUGCCUGCCAGUCUGGGAGUGUCAGUCUCAGCAUCCCAUGUACGGAACUCCUCAACUCCGGAACUCAGUGCUGACGAAAUUCCUGACGACAUCACCAAUGAAAUCACCGACAUGCCAAAUGACCUGGAACUGAAUCAGGAAGAGUUGGCGGAGGUUCUUCAACGAUUACCUGAUGACCUGCAGGACUUUGACCUCUUCGAAGGUAAGAAUGGUGAACUCCUGCCAACUACAGAGGAAGCGGAGGAGCUGGAGCGUGCGCUGGAGGCGGUGACCUCGUACGCUGCCUCGUUGGAAUGCCUGAGCUCCAUUGGUGAGCUGGCACACACAGACGGAGACGGUGACCAGGAGCUUACAGGCAGAGGAAUGGGGGUGUUUGCUGCUGCUGCCGCUGCAGCUGGGAUGCCGGCCCUCAGCAGAGCAGUCAACAACGAACUGGGAGACCUCCUGAAUGGCCGCAUCUCCACCGAGAAUUUCUCCAGCCUGGAGCUGGACGAGAACCUCCUCCAUCACCCAUCUGCACUGUCCAGCCCGGCCGGCUCCCUGGGGAGUCAGGCCCAGGGCACCUACCCUUCCCCUUCGGAUGUGGGCCUUUCCUCUGCCACCUUGGUCAACCAGAGUGGUGGGCUGGCUGAGCGAGGCCACCAGUCACACUUUCCGAGCCUGCGGGGUGAUGCUGGCCAUAGCUCGCCCAGGGGUCACCUGCUGGGCAAAGCCGACGAACUGAUCUCCCCCCGGCCGCACUACGGCAGUGAGCACUCGCGCUCGUCUCCGUACAGCAGCGAACACGUGCCGUCGCCCUACAGCGACAGCGCCACCCCUCCACCCCGGCCCCUGCCCUACCCCGGGGAUAGCCUCACCACCCCUUACCCCCCCGACGUGACGCUGCUUCCUGCCCACAUCCUGCCAGCCCAGCUGGUCAGCCCCCGGCCCCAGUGGGGCACCAUCAGCCUGAGUGACCCUGCCACCUUCAGCGGCCUGAUAUCUUCCGGGCCUGAGGGCCUCUUGCUCUCCACCUCCCUCUCCACCCCCCUGUCCACACCUCACUCGCCCUCCACACGCACAGCCUUCUCCAGUGCCACGCCAGGUGGCGGCGCUGUCCUCCUGCCAGGUCUGACGCAGGCUGGCUUUGGCGACGGCGUCAUCACCACCGUGGGACCCUCUUCGCCCCCUGACUUGCCGGCCUCCAGCCCCGUCAAGCAGCAGCUCCCACAGUUCAGCGCCGCCUUCGGCCCACAGCUCACCUCCCACAGCGGCAUCCCCAAGGACGUUCAGCCGACCCACAGCUCGAUAGCGCCCCCGACGGGUUUCUCGGUAACUGCAGCCGCUGCCGCUGCGAUCACGAACAAUGUCACGGUUCCAUUUAGCGCUCCGCAGUGAGUUCUCCUCGGGAUUGCUCGACGAGGCACCUGUUCUUUGGCUUGUGAGCAACGGCCGCACUGUUCCCCUGGUUUUUCUACAGUGUCUUGAGAAUUUUGGGGGUUUAUGUCCAGCUUCUUUCCUUUUCUCUCUCUACCUGCCUAAUGGGUGAAAUCCGUUCAGGAAGCUGAUGAUGAAAUGAAAGUUGACACGUGACUGGGCAGAGAUGUCAGCAUUUCCUCGCCCAUGUAAUUUUUGCUCCUUGCCACUAUUGAGCCUGCUCGUUCACCCCCUGCCUUCAGAUGUUAGAGCUGUGAUCGGUCUUUUAAAACAGUCAUCAUGAAAUUUCUUUCAACCGACCAGAUCCAAGUUAGUCAGCACACCCAACAGCUUGGGUUUAGCAGCCUUUCUCCAGUCACAAGUCCUCACUCCUUGCUUUCCCCCCGGCCCACGUACGUACGCCUGCUUUGCCCCUUCUAAUGUUUGCAGAUACCUCUCCAUCGCUGGCAUCUCUGUCGCAGUCAACUUUUCCAACUGAAUUGAAGGCAAAACCAUGGUGGGUGGGGGGGUUUGAAGUAUUGCGAGUGGACUCUGCCAACCUUUUACAGACACUGUCGUGGCUCAUCCAGGUACUUUGCCAAGCCGCCGAGAGGAGUUCAGGUGACUUCCUUUCCAUAAUGCCAGGGCCUUGUGUGCUUUUUUUGAAAAGGGGAAUUGGUGACACUCUUCCCCCUUCCUUUUCAGGGCUAAAAGAGUGUAAUACAUUCAGUUUGAGUAUAUUUUUUAUGUAAAUACAUUAGUACAUUUUAUGACAACAUUACUUAUCUAUAAAACCAUUAAUGGCGCACUGUUAAAUAUCAGACUCAAAGGUAGAUGUUUGGCUCGUUGAGGCUUUUCAUAUUAAAAGAUCACAUAAAUACACACACACGUGCGCACACAAGCAAAUAGAUUUUGGAUUAGAUCCCAUGAUCUCUGCACGUACAUCCCCCAAAGUUGCUGUGAGAUUCUUGAGCGAGGUGGCAGAACUAAUGAUGAAAUUUGCUCAAAUACAAUCCUGAAAUUUUGUCUAAAGCCUUCUUUGUGUGAACUACAAACAUCGAAAUCACUUCAGCCUGAGAGGCCACUUCAGGGCACUUUUUGAAAAUGUAACAAUUACACAGGCUUCUAGGUUCAGAGCGAUACUUGGGUGUUAUCCUCUCCUCAAUCCAGGCAUCACAACUUUAUUUUUCUUACCCUUUCUCUGCCUUCUUUUCCCAGAAUCGUCCUCCUUCAAUCCUGGGCUGCUAUUCUAGCCCACAGCACCAGCAGAGUUGCACAGGAUGUGUUUAUUGAGUGAGCAGCACCUGAUUACUGACACCAUCAAAUUCAGUAUUCUUCAAGUUUGAACCUGUUUCCAUGAGAGACACUACCAAGUUUGGCAAAAUCACAAGCUUUGGCACCUGUCUUAAAUGUAAACACUCACUUGGUUUACAAGUUGAUUGCCUAAAUCUCAAGUUUCAUUUUCAUUAGUUGGGCCUGGAGGGAAAAGGAGAGCCUCCCCUUAUUUCGCUUGUUGGUGUUGAGAGAUGCUCUGACCAUUUCUAGGGCUGGUAGGAAAGGGAGGCCUGAUUUUUCUUCUGACUCUGUGGCAGCUACACGUGGAACCUUUUGAUGCAGGAAUCUUGUGAUCCUAAUCUGCAUCAAACCGCCUUAAGCAUGCGGGAUCCCAAUUUUCAACACCACCACCACCACCACCCCUGCCCAAAAAAAAAUUGGUCUGGCACUUUUGACAGCUGACACUUUGGUGGUUAGAUCAUAGCCUGGGAUGUUCAUCCCUGGCUCCCAGAGUUUAACUGUUUAUUUGUUGUAUUACCGCAAGACCUGCAACACCAACUGGCACAUUGCCUUUAUAUUGCACCACAGUGGUGUUUACUGCAAUGCACCCUGUCUCUUAACAUGCCAAAUAUGUUCAAUUUUUAGAGAGUAAACUUUAUUUAUGACAGAAGUGAUCUGAGUGUGUAUAAAAUGUAUUCUACAGGCUGUGCUUUUUUGCCUCCUGUACAGUUUUUAGAUGAUAUGCUUCAAUGCAGUUGCCCCAAUUUUAACAUUGUAAACUAAUUUCAUAUCCUGCCUCAAACACACAUGCGCACACAUAAUGUAUAUAAUGCACAAAAUUUAUCUAUUUACACCUGAGAAUCUCUGCAAACUGCAUUCCCAUCAUUUGUGGUGACAGUACUGCUGAGAAUUUGAGGUCCCAUAAAUAGAUGCUUGGCCCAAUUGCAAAGCACCUACAUCCUUGGAACUUUCCUGCUCUCCUGUGCUUUCUCUCAAUAGCGCAAGACAAAAAUUGUCAGAUGGGACAGAAGUUUCUAUGAAACUUUGUGGAUUCCUUGGGAUUGCAGUGUGCGAUGAGGAACAGCCACAGUCCCUCAUGGAGAACCACCCUCCCAUGUAUCUCAAAAAAAAAUUGCGUAGGACUCCCAAGUGAGCUUGCUUCGUCACAAGUUUGGGUACAGAUUCCUGUUUUGUAGACAUGUCUUGUGGAAGGCCUAUUGCAGUGUCUUGUACAUACAGCAUCCUUUUUAAAAAAAAACAACACAUCAUGCAUUUGCGUCCUUCCAUUUUUAUUUGAACACCCAAAACUUGGUAAACCUAAUGUUCCCUCAUCAUGAAAUAUACAAUCUACCUAUUAUAUUGAUAGUUUGUAUAAUUGAUCACCCUAAUGAAGUGCUUCAAUAUUGUGUGUUGGUUUAAAUAGUGAUAUCUAUUUGAAUAAUGCACUAUAUUAGAUUUUGCAUCAAAGUGAGGAGAGAAGUAGAUUUCUAGCAUUUGGCGUAUGGGUAAGCAGCUCUGACCGGGUAGCUCAAUCGCUCUAUAUAACUUUCUGCUGGCUGUGUAGGGCUGAGGUCUCUUUGACUUUUACGGGAAAAGAGGUGUGAAGGAGGAUCACGUUUUAAAUAUAGGAGGGACGUUGCUGCAUUUCACUUCUUACUGUUCUGGUUGAUGGGGUUGAAGGUGUGUUCACUUUGUUCAAUACUGGAUCCCCUACCUGAUGUCAGACUGUGCUGUGUUAGUUUCUGUGCAUUUGUUGACAAGAAGCUACCUUUUGUGUAAUAUUCAACAAAAACUUGGUAGAUUUUACAAGAAUUCUUCUCAGUUACACCGAUUUGAAAAAUAAAACUUGAGCUUCCAUUCACCAACCCCUGGAAAUUAAUAUUCCUCUCUCCGUACCAUCUUUGAGCGCAUGUAUUGUUCUACCUAAACCUGUGACAUGCAUAUGUUUUCGUCCCUGAAUACUUGGCCGGAUUCCUUUCAUCUGAGCUUUGGUUUCUUGAUCUCUGACUAAGUCAUGUGUAACAUCUUCCAUUCUGGACACUUUUGGCUGUACGUCCUGAACCAGUCAUCUCUGCGUUAAUUUGCUGUAGCCCACUGACCUCACUGCUCUUGCUUCACCAAAAGAUGCAUCAUAAUUUUGUUUUCGAUGCUUCCUUUUUGAAAUUUGACUCUGUUCGAAGAAGUUUCCUGCUUUUUAAAUGUCCUGGCAUGUUAGUAUCGGUAAUUCCAGUGCUGGUUGUAUUUGAAAAUGUUGAAAUACAUUUAAUUGUGUUGACUUUGCUUUAGUAGCUAGCAUGUAUGGAGAAGUGUGUUUGAAUGGAGAAGUAUUGGUUUGAAUGGAUUGUCUCGGGGCAAUGGUAAAAAAGAACAGUUCUUUUGAGAAAUGUCAGUUCAGCACCUUAAGUUAGGACUACCCUUCUACAUUAGCAGUUGUGGAUGAACUACUGUGGGGCUACAGAAUUAGUGUGGUCUUAAAUUCUGGUUUUAAAUGACCCUCCUUGAUGACCUGUGGUGCAGAGGGAAGUGAUGCUGGCGCUGUGUGUAUUUUCAGUUUUCUGUGGAAGUUCUUUGAUCUGAGACCUCUGCGGAGCCCUUGGGAAGUGAACGUCGCGGGUCCAGCUUUGUCUCAGAAUUGCCACUUCAAGUCACUUGGUCAAAUGCACAACUUGUCUUGUUCCAGUUCUCCCUGAUCCGUAAGUUGCACUUGAGUUAACUUCAUGCUGAUUUUUGGAAGUAUUCAGACUGUAUUUUGGAUGCUGCUCAUUCAGUAGAUCGAUAGCAGGUAGGUACUUAAGCACCUCUUUCUUCGGGGAAAAUCGUCAUAUCAUUGAUUUGUUGUUUCAUUUGAUUGGAGUUUCAUGUCUCUUGGACAGAGGUAAAGAAUGUUUAAAGCCAUUUCUUACUGCAGCGAGGCUUUGUUUUUUUUUCAGCAUGCAAUAUUUUCAGAUUUAAAAAUACUAAUGAAAUGGAACACUUGCAGUGAAAGGGAAUCCCAAUUAGCUGCUUUUACAUAAGAUAACAUGAGCCUGUCAGCUAUUGUAUCUAGCAGGGAUUGAUGUGGAUAGUUUCUGGAAAUGUCCUAAUCUAUAAACUAAAAAUCCUCUGGCUCCUUCGUUCCAAUAAAUCAACUAGAUUCAAAGUCUGGAAAUGAAAUACAGUGGCUCAUCAGUAAACGGGGCAUUAGAAACUAUUCUUGCUUCUGGCUCGUUAAGGUUUUGGUGUAAUAAUUGCAUGCAGUUCCUGUGUUAUGUGGUUCUCUUUAUUACUUUUAUUUAGCUAGUUUGCUGGCCAGGAAGGAACCAGUUACUGGUGUUGUCUGGCUUAACUGGAAUGCAUACCAGGAUACUGAAGGUGAUGAACUGUUCAGCAACCAUUAGUAUCAAUGAGCUGGUGCCAGUAUUUACACUUAGGAUGUAUUUUACUCGUGUGUAUCUUCACACACUUAGGCAGCACAAGUAGUUGUUCAGUACUGACCAAUGUAGUCCUGGUCACCAUGAAAAAUAAGGGGAUAGCCUUGAGCUACUCUGUUGUUGAGAUCUUUGAAUGGAGCUGCAGCUGUCUUGGGGUGAAUUCGGACUAUAUGAGCAAGAAGUUUACUUGCACCGUGCAAUACAUCCAGGCUGGUGUGGCAGUCACUGUUCUCAAUAUGAGGUAGUUGUGAUCUUCAGAAGUGUGGCUGAGAGAAGCCCACAAGUCUCCAUACGUUAUCUUCUAUCAACAGGAGUACAAUGGCAAUGCACCACUUUGCUUGCAACCAUGAUCUGACUACCGUCAGAUUUUAUACCAAAGUAGUGGAAUGGACAGUGUCUCGUCCUCAUUUUUAAAAAGAAAUAUGAUUAUAUUGAGAUGUAUUUAAUAAUGAAAUUAUUCUAAUUUUAAAACCUUUGUCACCAGCUUUUAGCACCGCUAGAGUAUCCCAAACAUUGUCCAUUCUUGUUGUCUGUAUAUUUUUGGUAUAUUCUUUUGGACUUUCCUCAAUAGAUUAGGAUUUUUUUUGGUUUCCCCUCUCACCUCCCUGAGUCAGGUAUACAACCAAUAGAAGUUUGAUAGACCCGGUGUGUCCAUGGCUGAGUUUGGUCGCGAAAUGUAUCCAAACUCACGAAACUCUUCACACAGUAUCAUAUCGACAUAUGUCUACUCAUGUUUCAUGAGACACUAUCUCUGUAUAUUAAUUGAAUUGGCACAUAGCAUUUGCAAGGAAUUAAGUAGAAUAAGCUGUUAGUAAUACAAGAUUGUAAAGGUAAGUAUGGAUAAGUCUACCUCCGUUAAAAGCCCACAGCACCUUAAUUCCAUAUCUGACACCACAGACUUUGCCUACACCCCCUGACUGCAGGGAUUGCUCUUUGGGUGAGCAAAAAUGAUAUUGAAUUUGCCCCUCACCAAUCCGUGCCCUUGACCUGGAGAUUGUGGCUUAGCUUAAAGCCAUGCUUUGCAUUUACCUUCUGCUAUUUCACUUGGUUGCAGCUUUGAGUGUUUUGAUAUUUUACAGUGUUGAUCAUCAUUAUUUAAAUUGCUCCUUGGCUAUUGUUCUAAGCUUUUGAGUGCUACCCAAAAAUCAGGAGUGACUUAAUACUCCCAAAUACUUUGCAUUAUAGUCAACGUAUUGAAUUAUCUAGGGGGAGUAGCCCCCACCAGGGAAGUUUGUGUACAGCUUGAAUGAUUGAAGUUGAGAGAGGAUUAUUGUGACUUAUGUGCUGAUGGCAUAAACUGCAAUAUCCCCUCCAUUGUUUUGAUUGUUCUGUUGAGAUUCCAGGUGAACCUACAAUUGUCUGCAACUUAGGACGUUGAGCCUCUCUUUAUAGUGAUGAAACUUAACAAUCUAAGGGAUAACAUUCAACUAAUGCAAAACAUUAGACAGUUUACAAUGGACAGUCUUGUGCAAGACCACGUAAGGUGGGACAUAUAAUACUGUAAACUUCCAUUUGCCUGUAAAACAUGCCUAUUCUUGUCUGUGCAGAGCCACACACUAACUCUGCAUUGAAAUGUCAGAUAAGGUUGAGGAAAGAUUUGAGGUUUUAUGCAGCAGGUAAUCUUUUCAUCAUGAGUACAAGACCUAGAAUAAAGGAAGUCAUUUGUUGUUGAAAGUUUAGCAACGAUCAUACAAUUUGAUUGUAUUAGAGAUUGAUCUGGAUUGUUUAAAAGCCAUGUCAAGGUGUUGGGUUGGAUCGGAUUGGAUUUACCCACUUCAUUUCAAAGCAAAGUGGUGGAGCUGCAUUCCUUGGCACAUGAUCACUCCAGGGCAUGUCAGAGAACUGAAGAGAAAAACAGACCAAACUCAAACCAAGUGGUCGUUCAACCAAAAAAAUAGAAGCUUUUGUCACCCAUCUUUAGUAAGAAACUGCACUUGGUACUGCUAGACUCAACUGUGGAGUGAUUUCCUCUUGUAACUGUAUUGGUCUUUUGGUCAUGUAUUGAAUCGGUAUGCAGGAUGCAUCUCAUCAGAAAACUUGGUCAACUCAUUUUAAACAAUGUGCAACGCAUUCUGUGAACGAGUGACAUGAGACCCUGCACUCGAUAAAAGGGGUCAGAACGUUAAGCAGUCACCAAUUGCCUUCAAAAUCUGGCAGUUUAAUGCUGUUAUGAGCUUCUACACUUAACUUCCCUUUUAAGACGGAGUUCAUGUUGAUGGGCAACUUUCAGACAUUUAACUGAAAUAACAGUGCAAUGAAGAGAGUCCACACCGAAGGCUGGUUUAGAAAAUGAGCAUGUUGGACUCCUGUAGUUUACUGUGCUGUACAAGGACUCUCAAAGCCACUAUUGCCACACCAGUUGUGGUUGUUAUUACUUGGACAGUAUUCUAACCAUGCUGUAAUUGAACUCCAUGUGCUUGCUAGAUCAGGGUGACAAUAAGCCUUUCCCAACAAAUAAACCUGACUUGGAGUCUUUCUGAGAGGGCAGAAUAAAAGGCAGCUUUGCUCUGGGCAGUAGAAGGAAAGAAAUGCAUGUAUAGUUGUAUCAGAGGUAUAGUAGUAAUCAUUUGAUGGAUUGUGCUGCCAUAGAUGAGUGUAAAUUGGUAGCUGUCUUUUAACACACCUCUAGUAUGCGGCUUAUGAUGGAAGGGGAUGUAAUAAACUGAUGUUCCCUGCUCAACGAUGUGAUUCAUUUCCAGUUGCCCACAUCUUUUUAUAUCGUCUUUAGUUCUUGCAAAUAGCAGUUUGUUUGUGAUGGCUGCAAUUAGUAUUUUAUCCAAAACAAAUCGCAUCCUUUCUUUCCAUGGACAUCACAGUGAGAGUCAAAGCCAGUCAGUUGGAGAUGAGAUGGCACUUGCAGCAAACAGCUUAUUUAAACAAUCUGUACCAACUUUAGGAAGAAAACCCAUUGCCGAAAGUCUAGCAAAGUCUGCUGAUAAUAGGAUUAUUUCUUCAAAAUGCAGUGAGUGAAGGAUUGCUGUAUUUUGCUCUUGCACACAGUAUCAAUUCUAAUCAGUUAAAGCAAUGAUGUCUCCAGAUAUGAUGGCUGAGGAAGUUAGCCCAAUCACCUCCAUUUUGGUUGGCAUGAUAGCUCAGUACUCACAUUCUCCUCUGUGCCUGCGUGGGUUUCCUCUCUCAGUCCAAGGAUGUACAGGCUGGGUGGAUUAGCCAUGGGAGGUUACAGGGAUAGGGUGGAGGGUGGGUUGCUGUUUGGAAGGUUGGUGUGGACUCAGUGGGCCAAAUGGCCCACUUCCACUCUGCAGGGCUUCUAUGACUGUGUAUUUUUGUCUUAUACAUUUGAAGUUGUUCUAUGUGAUAGGUAAGGCAACUGGCAUCAGUCAAUCUUGCUGCACAUAGACUACUGGUUCACCCUCUGUUAUUGGAAAUACCUUUUUAAUUGAAGGAAGCAGUUUGUUUUUCUAAUUACAUAUUUAUUGCUUUCAGCUGAAAUUCUGUAUAAAUUUUUACAAAGAUUGAGACAGGAUGGCAAUUUCACAAUUUUAAUUGUCAUUUAUAUAAAACAAUUGUUAAAUCUUUAUUUUUAAAAGAGGUGUGCAUUGAAUAAAAGGCAGCAGUCUGAAGGACAUGCUUUCUUGUGCUUCAGCAGAAGUAUAUCAUCCCCCAGAUGUCCUCUUUACCCAUCUAAUUCCCAGGUUCAGACUCCUCCUAAUUGGGGAAGAGGGCAGAUUAGUCAUGUGAAAUAUUUUUGAUGCCAUCUUCAUGUAGCUCUUUGGAGCUACCAAGCAUUCAAAGAUAAUAAGAGGAGAAAGCAGAAACAGUAUGAGAAAACAGUCACCUUUCAAACAACAGGAUAUAUGGAGGACUUUGACUUUUUCUGCCAUUUAAUAAAUUAUUGGCACAUAAGAUGCCAGCUUUUAUUCAUUUGUUUCAAAAUCCUAAUCCAAAAUGUGAAAAUUACAGAUAAGGUAGAGGUACUUCAUGUGGAAGAACAGAGAAGUCUUGUAUGCCUCUUUCCCUACCGUAUGCUUACAUGUUAUCUGUGCAUUUGUGUUAUUGUUCUGGUUGAUUGCUUAGUCAGAGAUCUGGACAUGUUGGAGGUAUACAACUCACUAACACUUUCUUAACAGUGCUCUUAUGAUUUUGAACUUGGUGACAAAAGCACAAGUUUUCUUUAUAAAACCUGUUCAGUUUUGUUUAUAUAUACAAGACUUGACGAGAAGCCAACUUGAGGGAAAAGGCGGUGUGCACAUAUGAGCUUCAUUGUGGGAGGUAAGGCUUGGAUUUUAUGGCCUUCGGCUGUCACCUCCAUUAACUCCAACGUCUGGUAGAAUUAGAGCCAAUUAAAGUAUUCCCUUCACCUGAGGUCUUGUUCAGAGUUGAGACUUUCUCUGUCCAGAGGAAUUUUGACAAGUAGGGUGUGCUUGCCAGUCUUGGUAGCAUGUCUUGGCAUUACAGUGUGAUGUGUAUGUGUAUAAAAGAUUCUCUUCAGUUUGUAAGAAGUGAGCCCUGCCCUCAAACGAAUUGCUCACUUGGGCCCUGUCAUGAACUAAAGGAAUGUCACUUGACCCCCUGAUUUGGCGGUCCUGCUUUAGUAUGUAAAGCAAUACACAAGGGGAGGACUGAAGACACAGCUUGUGAAAUGAAGUUUAAUAUGACUCAUGCUGGUCAUGUGGUUUUUAAGAUAAGCCAGACAGGCGACAAAGGCAUCAGUAAGGCCUUUAUUACAUUAUUUAAGACACCAGCUAAAAUGCUUCCAAUUUUUAAUGCAACUUGACAGUGAGGCCCCUGCCUACCCCCAAAUAAGAGUGCAUUGUUUUUAAGAAAGUGUAUCGAGGCAGGCUGCAUGAUCCUCUUGGUGCCUUGACAAGAGCUGUCUCUUAUCCAUAGCCCAUACCCUUUCUAACAUGAAUCUCCACAAAAAAAAAUCAACUUUCCUUACAAAGAAAUCAAUUUUCUAGUGAAAGAAAAUGUACAAAAUUGUCAUUUGAAGCUAUCCUUGUCCGUUUUGAAAAUUCACAGCAGCUCUUUCAUUCCAAAAUGCCUCGGAGUUCUCCAGUAUCGGAAACCUAUUGGUGAAGCCACAAUGUAUAACUCACUGAGCCACAUGCACACACCCUAAGCUUGCUGUCGCCACAUCUUGGCACCUUUUUUUCAGGCCCUCUUCUGUCAUAGAUCCAGAAAGCACCAAUAUGAUUCAAUUCUCUUCGGAUAUAGAGGUUGAAGCACGUGAAGUUUAUUUUAUGUUUAAGAAAAUUCCUAGUAGGGUUGGUUGGGGAGAGGAAGGUAGGGAGUUGUAAUAAAAGUGCUGCUGGGCUGUGUCUCUUAUCACAAUCUGUCUCUCUCACUUGUUUUUCUGGAGGAGCUAUUUUGUAAAUGACUUUUGAUAACAGGGAUCAGUGGUUUCGGGUUACAUUUCAUGCGUGAUGUUCCUUUUAUGCAUAUUGUAGAACUAUGAGCUUUCAAAGCACUCAUGAAGCCCCUAGGCACAGUUUUGGGUGGGGACAUCUUAAACAAUUGCUAAAAUUUCACAAAGUCAGUCAUUAAAUGCAAUCAAAAAUAAAAAUGCCUGAAGUCCAGGAGAUGUUUAUCUGGGCAAUUCCUACAGGGCUGACCCCCACUCUCCUCUCCAGUCCAAGCCCCCUCUUCAAUGCUUACCCACAUCCUGACUCUAACUGGCUUUUGUCUGGAAUCGCCCAGAUUUAAAUUUCUCCUCUUUCACCACCAUCCAACACAACAUUAUCAUUUUCAACCCAGCCGUGCAGUUGGUUUGUGAGUAUCAGGGACUUUAUGGCAAAAAAAAGUGAAAGGAGCCCAUGGAACAACACAAUAGUCCUAUAAACUGCUUCAACAUUGAGAAACAGGAAAGGUGGCUCAAAUUUCUUAUAUUCAAUGAAUGUACUGUAUUUCUGUUUUUUAAAAUAAGGCGAGCUAAUAAUUAAAUUAGUCACCUUUUGUUAUUGUCCUUGUUUAAUUUGUUUAAGGUAUUUUUUGUAUACAAAAGUUUACAUUUUUAUGUAUAUUUUUCUGUGUACAGACUAUGUAAUAUGUGUAUAAACACUGUAUGUAAUAUCUGUAUAUAGUGUGAUAAAUGAUCUUUGUUUGGAUG